UAGUACACACUUUUCAUGGCUACUUCACAACAAAACUUCAUGUCACCUAUUCUCAUGCUGGGGUUGCUCAUACUGCUAUCUCUCAACUCCACAGAUGCCAAGGUGGGCGUUUGCUACGGCCGCCUCGGCGCAAAUCUACCAUGCCCAACAGAAGUAGUAGCUCUAUACAAGAAGCACAACAUCAAAAAAAUGCGUCUCUACGACCCUCACCCGCCCACUCUCCUCGCCCUCGGCGGCGCCGACAUCGACCUCAUGGUCGGAAUCCCGGAAUCCGACCUCCCACAUCUCGCCGAAUCCCAGGGCCACGCAGACGCCUGGGUCGCCGCCAACAUCUCCGCCUACCCCGCCGUCAAAUUCCGCUCCAUCGCCGUCGGAAACGAGGUAAACCCCUCCUCGUCCGCGUACUCCCGCUUCGUCCUCCCCGCGAUGCAGAACAUCCGCCGAGCCGUAUGCGGGGCCGGCCUCGGUAACCGGAUCGCCGUUUCCACUUCCAUAAAACCCGACCUUCUCCAAAAAUCAUCUCCCCCGAAAGAGGGGGAGUUUUACUCGAACGUCACGUGGUAUGUCAAGCCAAUCAUCGAAUUUCUGAGGGACGAAAAUGCCCCUCUGCUUGUCAACGUGUAUCCUUACUUCGCUUACUUAAACGAUAUGGAAAACAUCAGCCGCGGAUUUGCGCUUCUGCAGCGUGGCUGCGGCGUUGUGCUUGGCGGAGUUUAUUACGACAACCUUUUUUACGCGAUGCUCGACGCGAUUUACGCGGCGAUGGAGAGGAUGCUUGGGAAUGGGCCAUCUGUGAUGUCCGGGGUAGGGGGGCCGGGGCUGACGGUGUCGGAGACGGGGCACUCGUCUCGGGGCGGAGGGAGACCGGUGAGUGAUGGUGAUGGAGAUGGGGAUUUCAGCAGUGUUGAGAAUGCGCGGAUUUAUAAUAAUAAUUUGAUGCGGGUGGUGAAGAAGGGGACGCCGAUGAGGCCCGGGAUUCCGAUUGAGGCGUACAUAUUUGGGAUGUUUGAUGAGGAUAUGAAGCCCGGCCCGGAAUAUGAGAGGCAUUUUGGGAUCUUUCUAAGCAAUGGGACACGUAAAUACGGGCUUCGGUUUUACUAGGAAUGUUGUUUAGGUAAUUGUACUGUAUUGUUGGAAUAAUUGAGGAGAUAUGGCCUACUGUGGCAUAGCUCUUCACAUGUAAACAAAAAUGUUGUAUGUAAUUUCAUCCUAUCUUUUAGUGUAUAUUAAUCUUGUCUUUAA